AGACCUCCUAUUUUGCUCUUUGAUUUUUAAUUUGAUGGAAAAUAGUGGAACGAAUAGAAAACAUUUUACAGAUUUCCUAUGUUUAUUUUCUCUAAGCAUUAACUUCCAAAUGUUGUGAUACAUAUUUCUUUUCCAAGCUAGCUACAUAAUAAAUAUAGAUAACAUGUCGGCGGAAUCUGAUAUGGAAUAUUCGGACAACGAUGGCGACGACUACGAUUACUACGGAGGACAAGACGACUGUGACAUGGAAACAGUAGAUCGUAGUAAAGCCGACCCGGAAUAUUUUGUAUUCUCUUGCUUAAAAGUAGAAGAAGUAGAAAAAUUGCUAAAUGAGUCUAUUGAAUUACUUAGCAAUAGCCUUCACAUAACACCUUCGCUUGCUAAGGUUAUUCUGCAUGCAUAUGAAUGGAAUGCUCAAGAAAUUAUUAACAAAUAUAAAGAGAAUUCAAAUGAAGUAUUAAUGUACAGUCAUGUAAAGCCUAGAGUUCCUUCAGUUCAAGUCUAUUCAAGUAUAAAAGUGUGUGCCAUAUGUGCCACUUCACCACCUAUUCAUAAGUACAGUGCAUUGGCUUGCGGACAUUACUUUUGUAAUGAAUGUUGGACAACACACUUUGAAGUACAAAUAAUGCAAGGUGUUUCAAAUAAUAUACAAUGUAUGGCACAAGAAUGUGAGGUGUUGGCGCCCGAGGACUUUGUUCUUUCUCAUGUAACAAAUCCGACUCUGCGAGAGCGCUACCAGCAAUUCAUGUUUAAGGACCACGUGAAGUCACAUCCGGAACUGAGAUUUUGUCCUGGUCCAAAUUGUCAGUGGAUUUAUCACGCCGUUGCACGGGAAGGUGCUCGACGUGUUGAAUGCUUAGGCUGUGAGUUACUGACAUGCUUCACAUGUGGAGCACCGCAUCAUGCACCCACUGACUGUGCCACCAUUCGCAAGUGGCUGACAAAAUGUGCUGAUGACUCAGAGACUGCUAAUUAUAUUAGUGCUCAUACAAAGGACUGUCCUAAAUGUCAAAUUUGUAUUGAGAAAAAUGGGGGAUGUAAUCAUAUGCAGUGUGGGGCUUGCCGAUAUGAUUUUUGUUGGGUCUGCUUGGGGGAUUGGAAGUCUCAUGGCUCUGAAUAUUAUGAAUGCAGUCGCUACAAAGAAGAUCCUAAUUUAAUUAAUGAUAACCAACAUGCUCAGGCUAGAGAAGCACUUAAGAAAUAUUUACAUUAUUAUGAACGAUGGGAAAAUCAUGCUAGAUCAUUGAAACUAGAAGAACAAACUUUAGCUUGUUUAAAAACUCGUAUCAAUCGAAAGGUAAUGGCAGGAGAGGGUACCUGGAUAGACUGGCAAUAUCUUUGGGACUCGGCGCGCUUGUUAAAACGGUGUCGCUACACACUUCAAUACACAUACCCUUUUGCAUAUUAUAUGGAGGUUGGACCAAGGAAGGAACUCUUUGAAUACCAACAGGCUCAGUUGGAAGCUGAAAUAGAAAAUCUCUCAUGGAAGGUGGAAAGAGCGGAGACGACUCAUCGCGGGGACUUAGAAAACCAAAUGGACAUCGCUGAAAAACGACGAACGACAUUGCUCAAGGACUUUUUAGAAUUUAAUACAACCAAUGCCUCUAGUAGUAAAGUUUAAGGAGCAUCAAAGGCAUUUUAAUUUAAUUUAUAUGUAAAGAGUAUGUCAAUGGAGGAUCUUUGUAUAAUAAAAGCUAAGAUUUUUUUUG